UCAACCCGGAAGCCCAAAAUUUGGGUAAGCGUUCAAUUGCUUCGUUCGUCUUCUGUGUGCGUCUGUGGAGUCCGCAAGAUUCAGAUCUAGAAGAAGGAGCUUGGACGAAGCAAGAGUGAAGCAUGGCAGCACCAGAUCACUUGUUCAAUCUCAGAAAUAAUUUCUAUCUGGGAGCGUAUCAGGCGGCAAUUAACAACAGUGAUCUCCCCAAUCUAUCCCCCGAUGACGCAGUCGAGAGGGAUUCCAUUGUUUUCCGCUCUUACAUUGCCCUUGGCAGCUACCAGCUAGCGAUCAACGAGAUCGACUCAUCCGCCGCGACGCCUCUCCAAGCCGUCAAAUUGCUCGCUCUUUAUCUCUCUGAUCCCAACAACAAGGAAUCUACCAUUGCAAGUCUACAUGAAUGGUUAUCAGAUUCAGCUAUUGGAAACAAUCCUACUUUGAGGCUUAUUGCUGGAAUCAUAUUCAUGCACGAGCAAGAUUAUAAUGAGGCCCUGAAACACACAAAUGCUGGAGGGACCAUGGAAUUGCAUGCUCUGAAUGUUCAAAUAUUUCUUAAGAUGCAUAGGUCAGAUUAUGCAGAGAGACAACUGAGAGUUAUGCAACAGACUGAUGAGGACCACACAUUAACACAACUUGCAAAUGCUUGGUUAAAUCUGGCAGUGGGUGGUUCAAAGAUACAGGAAGCAUAUCUCAUCUUCCAGGAUUUCUCUGAAAAGUAUCCCAUGACAAGCUUGAUUCUGAAUGGAAGGGCUGUAUGCUGCAUGCAUAUGGGAAACUUUGAUGAAGCCGAGACACUUCUUCUUGAAGCAUUGAACAAGGAUGCAAAAGAUCCAGAAACUCUGGCCAAUCUAGUCGUGUGCAGUCUUCACCUUGGAAAAUCAACUUCUCGUUUUCUCAGCCAAUUGAAACUUUCACAUCCAGACCACUUGCUUGUUAAACGCAUCUCGGCUGCUGAUGAGAACUUUGAUAGAGCAGUUCAAUCCAUUGCUUAGAGACCCUUGCUGCUUCUUGAGAAACAGAUGAACGAUGUUUGCUAGUGUUAAUCGACGGUCUUCAACCCUCAAAGGGCUGUUUGCUGUUAUUUGGGGCUGUUGAUUUUGCUCAAACUAUGUGGCUAUUAAAUACCGAAUCAAACUAAAAAUUUGACAGUAGAAGUUAGUUUACUGCGCAUGAUUCUUGUCAUUUUUGUACUGAGCUUCCUUUAUAUGAUACAUGAUUAUUUCACAUAAUGCUUUAGCAUUUUCAUUCCU